UCGGCCCCGCCUCGGGCAGGCAGGCCCGGCCGCCGGGGAGGGGAUGUCGUCGGCCAGCGAAGGCCCCGCCGCCCCGCCGCCGCCCGCACAGGAGAGCGGAGCGCCCGCCGCCGCCCCCCGCAUGGCCCGGCGGCCCGAGGUGCUGUGCGGCGCCGCCGUGGUGCUGGGCUGCGCCUGCCUGCUGGCGCUGCGGGCCUCGUGCAGCCGUGCAAAAGAUGUGACGAUGCCUGCCAAGCUGCCUGUCAGCUUCUUCCCUUCGACGUCACCAGUCCACGAUCUCUUUCUUGGGCAGCUGGAUCAAGCAGAGGACAUCCGUCAAAGUUCAGAGAUCUCGCUGGUUUUUUUUUACGCUCCGUGGUGCGGCCAGUCAGCCGCUGUGCGGGAAGAGAUCGAGCAAGUGGCAAAGAGCCUGGCUGACCAGGUGUUGUUCGUAGCCAUCAACUGCUGGUGGAACCAAGGGAAAUGCAGAAAACAGAAGCAUUUUUUCUACUUUCCCGUGAUAUACUUGUACCAUCAGAGCUUUGGGCCUAUCGAAUACAAAGGGCCGAUGAAUGCUGUUUACAUUGAGAAAUUUGUCCGUCGAGUGAUGACUCCCCUUUUAUACGUCUCAUCUCAGUCCAAACUGCAGCGGUUCCUCUCCAGUUACGAGCCUGGCAUCUUGGGAUACUUUGAGUUCAACGCUUCUCCCCAGCCCCCCGGCUACCUGACCUUCUUCGCUUCAGCGCUGCACUCCUUAAACAAAGAUUACCUGGGAACCAUUCACUUUGGGGUGAUCACCAAUAGGCUGCUUGCUAAGGAAAUUGCGCUGACCGAUUCAGGCACCAUCUACUUACAUAGACACGUCAACACAUCCCUUCUUUAUCCCCACGAAACCCUGAACUUCACUGCUGAAAACGUUUGGAAGUGGGCCCUGGAGAACCGGGAAACCUUCCUCCGCUGGCUGAGACCCCACGGCGGGAAGAGCCUUCUGCUGUACAACGAGCUGAAGAAGGGGCCGGCCCUUUUCCUCUUCCUGCCCUUCGAUCCGCUGGCCGAGAGCCACCCCCUCCUGGAUGAGAUUUCCAAACUGGCUUUAGAGUACAAGAGUUGCAACCGAAGCCAGCAAGAGGACGUGGAGCCCCAGUCCCUGCAGGGAGGGGACCCCCCAGUGCCUGCCAGUCUCCGCCUCCCCACAGCUGGAAGCUCCUCCAGCCCCCCCUGCUGCAACACGGUGUUGCUGCCUGCCCAGUGGCAUGGCCUCUCCCGGACUCACAACGUCUGCGAGCUGUGCGUCAACCGGACGGGCGGGGUGCAGCCCAGCCCCCUGGUGCGCCUGAGCUGCAGCUCCGUGGCCAUCGAGGCAGCCGUGGACUCCUUCUACCUCAAGGAACAGGCCUUCCGUGUCGUCUCCAAGACGGUUUCCUGGUGCAGCAACUUCCUCAGCUUCUAUAGCCCUUUCGGCUCCUACACCGCCUGCUGUAGGACGGUGAACAGGGACCUGCAGGACUUGGUCAGGGCCAAAGGGGCCCCUUUCCACCCGCGGGAAGCCUCCCUCGCUCUCCACGGACAGAGCCGGCAGGAGGGCAGCCCCGAGUCUCUUCCACACGUUGAGGAGCAGGCUGGCCUCCCUGGCUCUGCCGUGGCCGGUCUCGGCUGCAGGACCAACAAGACCCUCAAUCUCUACCUGCUGGACUCAAACCUCUUCUGGAAGUACGCGGAGAGGCUGGGGGCCGCUGGUUCUCCCCCGGCAAAGGAGUUCGCUGCCAUCGUGGACCUUCAAGAAGAGGUGCAUUACGUCCUGGGCCAGAAACGGGCCCUCUUAAGAGCCAGCCUUGAAACCUUCAUCCGCAACUACACUGUCCUGUUCAGCCCCUUGAAGAGGCAUCUCGUUGGUGACUCCCGGCCCAGCCAGACCCACCUGCAGCAGCACCUGGUUCAGGAAAUCACCACCAGCACUUUCCAGGCGCUGAUUCUGAGGAGCCCAAAGGCUGUCCUGCUGCUCUAUUACGCCCCCUGGUGCGGCUUCUGCGCCUCUCUCAGCCACAUCUUCAUCCAGCUGGCUCGGAUUCUGCCCCCCAAGCGCUUCAUGGUGGCCAGGAUUGACGUUUCUCAGAAUGAUCUCCCCUGGGAAUUCAUGACUGACCACCUACCCAACAUCCUGUUUUUUCCUCAUGAUCGCAAGGACCAGAGCUCCAAGUUCCCCGCAUCUUCCCUGAUUAGCGUGCCCAACCUCCUGAAAUUCAUCCUCCGCCACUCCAGCCCACCCUUCCUGGCUGCGGGUUGGGAGCCCGGCCUCUGGCAAGAGACCGACCUCCAGCAGGCACGCAUCGCCCACCUGGAAAAGGAGAUCAGGCUGCUGAAGGCAGAGAUCCAGGCCCUCCACCAGGCCCAGGGGCAGCUGCAGGAGCAGCUGUCCGAAACCCGGAGCGAGAGCCAGCGGCUACAGCGAGAGACCCACGCCCUGAAGCAGCAGCAGAGCCACCAGGAGCAGCUGCAGGGGCUGUGCAGCCAGAGGACCUGGCAGCUGGAAGACAUGGCCGAGAAGCUGCGGAAGCUGGCAGAGGCCUCGGAGACCCUCCUGACCGAGAACACCUUCCUGAAAGUCCUGCUGGCCAUUGCAGAGAAACACCGGGCAGCAGAAGUGGGCUCGGAACGCAGCCUCCCCCCUGAGGACGCCGCAGGCCUCCCGUCCCCUGGGCGGGACCACUUUCCCCAGGUGGAGAAGGAGGGGGCUGCCCCGCUGGACUCCAGGGUCCCCGCGGAGCACAGUAAGGAGAAUUGGACAGAGUAGCUCUGCUGAGCCUGGAAUAACAAGCAAGCCGAGUCUGGAGCAGAGAGGCAGCCUUUAUGCAAACUUUAUUGAAGUGUCACUAGAAAACCUCCCUCCUUUUGCUGGAGUAGAAAAACGGGAGAGUAUUUUUUUUGAUGAGUCGUGGACCCAGAGUGGCAUGGCUCUGGAUUUGUGAAAUUGUCAAAUUGCAGGGAUUGUUCUUUGCACUUUAAAAUUGCACUAAUUUGAUAGAUUUUGUACCGGUUUAACCUAAAUUAAACAAUUUGGAGGGUGGCCA